CCCCAUUAAUAAUAAUUUCCAAUAUUAUUAAAUUCACCUCCUUCAUAAACCCCCCACUUUCCCCUUUGACUAAUUCACAAAAACUUCAACUCAUUUUUUUUCUCUCUCUCAUUUUUCCACCAUGAGUGAUUAUCACAAAUCUUUCACGUUGGAUCUUAAUCUUGGACUUGGAUUAGGAUCUUAUGUGCAAAAUAAUGUGAACAAUUCAUUGGCUAGUUCAAAAGAUGAAUUAACCAUUGGUUUGAAUCAUGAUGAUAAGGCAAAUGAAUUGAGUUUGAAGAGAGUGCAUGAAGAACAAGAACACACAAUUGAAGAAGAGAUUGCUAUUGACACCACCAAUGAUAGUAACGGGUGUACAAAGAAAUUGAGGCUUACUAAGGAGCAAUCAACCAUGCUUGAGGAUGCUUUCAAGCUUCAUAACACCAUUAACACCGCUCAAAAACGGGCACUUGCUGAGAAAUUAAAUUUAAAGCAAAGACAGGUUGAAGUUUGGUUCCAGAACAGAAGAGCAAGGACUAAGCUGAAACAAACAGAGGUAAACUACAUGUUCUUGAAGAAAUGUCAUGAUAAACUAAGUGAGGAAAAUCUUAUCUUAAAGAAAGAAUUAGAAGAGUUGCGUGCAUUAAAAGUUGGACCAUCAAAUAUUAAUCAAUCAACCAAAGCUGCAAAUUGGACCAUUUGUUCAUCAUGCAAGAAAAUAUGGAAGCAAAAUGAAGGACACAACAAUGAAGAUGAUGAAGAAAAUAUGGUUAGAAAGAGUAGCUAUAGCACCAUAGAGAUAGAAUAGAAGCUAUAAGGAUAUAUAAUUAAUUGAUUGAUUAAUUAAUUAAUUAAUUAAAUUGGAAUAUUAUUAUUAGUAUCAUCAAUUAUCAAACAUUAGUCCGUACAUCAAAUUAUGAUGUAUAGGACUGCUAUAGGUUAGCUAAAGAUAUUUAGAUUAUAUUAUUAAUGGGUACAAUUUUUUUAUUUUGUUUUAUGGU